ACGGAAAAUAGCAGUGGACAAUCUCGUGCAAACAUUCAGCAUGCAUGUGACGUAACAGAAUCCCAUACAAACUUCAACUUACAGGAGAACAAUUCGUGUCGUAUUAUUAUAGCGUGAGUUUCAUUAUAUCCCUUCACUGAGCUGUUGCAAAAGGGCCACUUAGUGCGUUUCUUUAUUAGCUACCGGCUGUGCACAAGAAUAUAACAAGGGCGAAUACCAUGACAUUGUUUGGUCAAUAUGUUAGAUAUGGAUUGCAUCAGCAUUGAUCCUACUCUACUAGUAUUUCGCAACUGAGCUUGCAGCAUCUUUGAGGUCACGAUUGGAAAUGUAUAGGCUGUAUAUUUUGGUGACGGUUAUCUUCACAAUUUGGAAUAAGGAUGAAUGUGUGGCACUGACGGUGGCUGAGCAUUCAAGACAGCAGAUCAAGGAAGCAAGGGCAGCUAUCCGACGAUCCGACAUGUCGCCUUCAUACCUUCGCGUUACACACCUUGGACAUCCGAUUGGAAGGGGGAUAGUUGCUGGCAAGGAUUUCACCCCAGGCGAUUUCAUUACCUACUACCAUGGUAAAUAUUGUGUAAGGGAGCCAAUAAUAGACGAGUACACCUUUGAACUGGCUUGCGACGGUCGCACCUUUUGGAUCGAUGCUUCCCAAGAAGAUGGAUCCUAUGGUCGUCUCAUGAAUGAUGAGUGGCGUAACCCAAAUGCGAUGGCAAGAUUACUUUUUGCGGACGGGCGACCUCACAUUGCCUACUUCGCUCACAGAUUCAUCAAAACUGGUCAAGAAAUUCGUUUUAACUAUAAUGAUAAUAGUGAUUUUCCAUGGCGACAGCCAUCGAAAGUGCAAACCAAUCUUUGUUUUCAAAGGACAUGGUUGGACCUCCUCCAGACGACCUUUUUGCCGGUUUGCAAAAUGGAUAAAGAAUUGUAAUUUUCCAUAUUUGUUUACUGUAUUAUUAAAUCAGUUCAACACUGAAAUAUUU